CUUCCGGCGCCGCUCCGGUUCCGGUGUCGGUUCCGGUUGCGGUCCCGGUGUCGUUCCGGCGGCGCUGCCGGUGCCGGUGCCGCCAUGCCCGAGGCUCUGUCGCUGCUGUGCCGGGUGUCGGCGCACCCCGAGUCCCGCUGCUGGGCCCUGGCCUGGAGCCCCAGCGGGGCCCUGCUGGCGUCCUGCGGCGGGGACCGAACCGUGCGGAUCUGGGGCCGUGAGGGCUCGGGCUGGGCGUGCCGGGCGGUGCUGGCGGACGGGCACCAGCGCACGGUGCGCAGGGUGGCGUGGUCGCCGUGUGGGCAGUUCCUGGCCUCGGCCAGCUUCGAUGGCACCACGUGCGUCUGGAAGCGCCACGAGCAGGGCUUCGAGGUGGUGGCCACACUGGAGGGGCACGAGAACGAGGUGAAGUCGGUGGCCUGGGCACCCUCGGGGUCACUGCUGGCCACCUGCAGCCGUGACAAGAGCGUCUGGGUCUGGGAAGUGGACGAGGAGGAGCAGGAGUUCGAGUGUGUCAGCGUGCUGAGCGCCCACAGCCAGGAUGUCAAACACGUGGUGUGGCACCCCAGCCAGGAGCUGCUGGCCAGCGCCAGCUACGAUGACACGGUGCGUCUAUACCGCGAGGACGAGGACGACUGGGUGUGCUGUGCCACCCUGGAGGGACACACGUCCACCGUGUGGGCAGUGGCCUGGGAGCGCUCCGGCCAGCGCCUCGUGUCCUGCAGCGAUGACCGCACCCUGCGCGUGUGGCAGCGCGCCGAGGGACACGGAGGUGGCUCGGAGCACAGCUGGCAGUGUGUCUGCACCCUGUCCGGGUACCACGGGCGCAGCAUCUACGACGUGGCCUGGUGCCACCUGACGGGCGCGGUGGCCACGGCGUGCGGUGACGACGCGGUGCGGGUGUUCGAGGAGGUGGCCCCGGUGGCCCCGGGCUCGCCGGUGACGUUCAGCCUGGCCGCCCACGUGCCGCGGGCACACGCCCAGGACGCCAACGGGGUGGCCUGGCACCCACGGGAGCCCGGGCUGCUGGCCUCCUGCGGGGACGACGGGGACAUCGCCUUCUGGCAGUACCAGCGCCCUGAUGGCCUCUGAGCCGCACCGGGGACACCGAGGGGACCUCCAGGAACCUCCUGCGGCCUCCAGAACCUCCCGUGGCCUCCAGGAGCACCCCAUGUUCUCCAGAACCUUCCCAGGAUCUCCAGGAGCACCCAAAGUUCUCCAGAACCUUCCCAGGAUCUCCAGGAUCACCCCGUGUUCUCCAGAACCUUCCCAGGAUCUCCAGGAGCACCCCAUGUUCUCCAGAACCUUCCCAGGAUCUCCAGGAGCACCCAAAGUUCUCCAGAACCUUCCCAGGAUCUCCAGGAGCACCCCAUGUUCUCCAGAACCUUCCCACAACCUCCAGAAGCUUCCUGUGGCCUCCAGGACACCUUGGGGACCUCCAGGACCCUCCCAUGGCCUCCAGAACCUUCCCAUGGCCACCAGGACCCUCCUGUGGCCCCCAGGACCACCCAAAGUUCUCCAGAACCUUCCCAAAUGUCCUCCAGGACCUUCCCAAGUCCCCCAGGCCCCCGCGGUGUCCCCAGCCUGUCCUCGUGUCCCUCCCCAGUUGGGUUUGUGGGGUCGGGGUGGGGCCGGGGUGGGUUUGGGGUCCCACAGCCAAUAAACCCC